AUGACCUCAGGAUAUGGAGCCGGAGCUAUCCCAGUCAACCGUCCAGGCGAGAGAUCCUCCACUGGCAGCAUGUCCUUGCCUGGACAUGCAGGAUACAUGUACAGGCCUCUGACAACCUCCUCCCUCCCCGCCGGAAACCACUUCAUGCCUCCCGUAGGCACCUACACCGCCGGUUCACAGGGGGUGACGUAUGCCGGGAUGGGGUCGGCUGUGUCGACCCCUAUGAUGAACACAGGGUUUUCUCACCUCAGUUUGAGGGAAAACUCACAGUUUCCCACCCGAUUCAUGCCAGGGACAAGGGAUAUCCUCACUGAAGACGCUGUGCCAGACCCUGUGAAACACAGGGGCACUAGCUUGGGUGUGGAGGACAUGAAUGGAAUCCUGCCCAACGACUUGCUCCUGAGCUGCGCAGAGGCUGUUUGGGACGCGCUGCACUAUGACGGGCCGAAGCUGACGGCCAAGCAGAAGGAGGACUUGAGAGCCAGCAAGAAGACAAACAUCGAUGACCCUGGAGCCGAAUUCGUCACUUUCGGGGAAUUCCUGCUGUGGUACGAGGACUCGCUGGAGCGCCUCACUGGUCCUCCUACUGCUGAAGUUCCCAGACCCGUCUCGUCUGCGGGCAUUCCCAAUGCUUACUCUUCAUCUUCUCAGUAUCUAGAGCAGGCCGCAGCUCUGGCAAGGCUAGAAUCUCUGGAGAAGGCUAAUAACAUGUACACUCGUUCCUCCCUCCCCUCGUCUGCGAUGUAUGCUCCAGUCCCUCCAGCAGCUCUGCCGCAAGGGUCUGACUCAGUCUGCAGCAUUCGGCAGCUGGAUAUGCAGCAGGCGGAUCAGGCGGGGAGUGAGAACUUCUCAGACAAUCACGCACGAACCUUUCAAGCAGGAGGACUUGCGAUCCCUGCAAACUACAAGGCGAGGGAUGCAGCUCAGACGUCAAACUCCAAUGAACAGAACACUAUCGCGGCUGAUGUGAAAGAUGCAACUCUGGGGUACGGGGAGCAGGAGAGGAGAAAGGAGGAGGCGAACGUCAAGAUGGACUCUCCUCCUAAGAUGCCCGAACCCAAGCAAGAGCCCGUCAUCAACAACACGGAGAGCCCAGCAGCUAUCCCAGCAGAUGUCUCGGCUGAAUCUCCUUUCGGUAUGGAGACAGCGCAGAUCUACGCUUGCGAUCACGGCUGCGGCUACUGCGGGACUUUCUCAGAGGUGAAGAAGUUGAAAGAGCUUUCGGACUUGACUCGCAUCAGGUGGCGAUACACGAAGAAACCUGUGUGA